ACCAUUUUGUACUACAUGGUAUACAUUCCAUGCAGAUUUGUUUAUAUUUAUUUUGUUUUGAAUUCAUCUUGAUUCCGGUGAUUGUCAAGUUAUUCAUGAGAAAACAUAACAUCGAUUAGCAUUGCGUACCGAAUUCGCAAUGUCGCAGGAUCAAAAACCUUUGAUCAACACCAUUAACACCCGGCAGACACGUCCACCUGUUGAUUCUGAAUACAGUGACAGUUCAUCGACAUCAUUUUCCGAUUCUGCCAGUUACGACAGUUAUGCUCCCGAUUGGAGUGAUUGGAUCGACGAGGACGAUGGCAGUCUCUUCUACAUCGAGUACAAUUUUCAAACAAUUUCGCUGGCUAAACAAACGAAUGAAACUCAAUUCAAUGAUGCAAAUGGGCCGCGUAGUUCGAAUUUCAGCCGUGCCCUUUCAACGACUACGUCAACUAGGCGAAGCAAAAAGUCGGGUAGUAAGUUGGCAAAGCUGAUCAAUCGCAAUUUGAAGCCAAUGAACAAGGACACGAGCGUGAAGACAGCAAAGCCUGGAAAUUCCGAUAGUGCAAAGGUGAAAUUCAGUGAGACCGCUGAGGGUGAAGUGAAGAUUGUAUCGGUUAUGAUCGAUCCGUCAGUACGCCACAAGUACGGUAGACGAUGUACCGUCUGUGAGGCGUUGCUAGGUGUGGUAACAUCAUUCGCCGAAGGCAAACGAGUCAUCAUCGAUGGAUUCCGUCCCAAUUCCCAGCUAUCUCUGAACAAAGUGAUUAAAGUGGGCGAUUGGUUAAAGGCAAUCAAUGAUGUGGAAGUGAGCACGGACACAAUCGAUUCGGUUUUGUUGAAUUUCCAAGGGCCAACGGAAGUCAGGUUGUCAUUGCAACGAACCGUCGCUGAAGAGUCCAUAAUCGAUCAUCAAAAUGUCGUGAACAAGGUGACCAGUCUGGACGAGUUUGUGGCCAAUGCAGGGCUGAUUUUCGAUUCGAAUAAGUGGGACACUGACGACAUGAUCUUUUCGGUCAUGUACAUGACGAUGAAGAAUUCCGAUGAACAGAGUUCCGAUGGCCAGGACGUGCUGUUUUGCUAUCCUGUUAAGGAGAAGAACUGUCUCUACACAUCCAGGGGAUCGUUCUUAACGCUGAGUUCUUUACUUCUCUCAACGUUCAAAACAUCUCCGGUUGCAACAACAAUGCAAGUGAACAAUCAAGAUUAUCAUGUCAUCUACCUGGCUUAUGAAGAAGACUUACUUAUCGUCGCCCUGUCAUCAAACUAUGCCACCCUCCAAGAAGCAAAACUCAAAACAACCGAGAUUGUGCGAUGCAUUGAAUGCUUGCACCAAACCGUACCGACCGCCAUCGUUCAUGAUCACAUGUGGCAGAACAUACUCUCGAUUGUUUCACAAAUUUAUCUCAGUCGUGACACUACCGACAAUGUUCUCUUCGAGCAGGCAUUACUCGAACCGCAUUACGUUCCGUUACCGAAGGAGGCGCAAAUUCGCAUCGACGAUGCUCUGGGCGAAAUGCUAGCCAUGGACUAUCGGGAAUGGAAUCAAGACGAGCCGUUGAAGUCGCAUCGAGAAUUUUUCAUGAUCGGCUGUUCGCUGUACUUUAAAUCGUAUCUGCUAGCUUCACAUUUGCCGCCGGUUGACUUAAUUGACAUUGAGGCCUAUCUGCGCGUUUUCGGAAUAUUUAAUGUGCUCGAGUCACAAACGGUUAAAGAUAUGGUGCUGUGGCGAGAAAUUCAUCCGAAGAGUGUGGAACGAGGUCUGGUUCAGAAGGAUCACAUUUAUGGAAUACCGAAGGGACGCUGGUUCUUAGCUGUUUGUGCCAGAUAUCACACUCUUCUAGCUGUCAUUCUGGAAUCACGUCAAAUGACAUCCGGCGACGAGCAACUGUGCAUCACACCGUCGCCAUUCUACAUCGAAGAAAUUCAAGACACUUUGGAGCACCUACGAACCGGCGGCGUGGAAAAUCUGGCCGUUACAUGGAUUAGCUCCAAUAAGCGACCGCAAGUUAUCCAAGAGAACAACGAAAAUCCAAUGGGCAACACCAACCCGGAAUCACAAUCCAAGAAGACCGAAAUCAUUUCCAUUUUGAAACGUCGCAAUAAUUCGACCGAAAAUGUUAGCGAAUUUUCGAAGCCUAUUCCAUCGGCUGGCGGAUCGUCAGUGAACAGUCAAACGUUUAGCGAUGAUUCGAAUCACAAAUUGGACGACGAUGAAAGCGAUUCGGAUUGGGAUGGUUUUCCAGAUCGGAGCAGUAGCGGUUUUGAUGUGUCGGAACUGACGGAGACAUUUUUAAAGGAGGUGUCGGAUGUGAUACCGAGCAAGGUAACUGCUGGUCGGGAGAACGUCCUUUUUCACUACGUUCAGCUGGAGAUCGGUCAAGGUGUUUUGUUGUCGUCGACCGGUGCUUCUAAAAGCAGCACAAUCAUAAAAUCUUUUCGCAAAGCGUGCCUUCUCAUCCACACAAUACUGCAGAACACAAUUCGUUUCCGCUUUCUUCUGUCUCAAGAGAGCAACAACAAGCCGAACUGGCAUCGAUCUUUGGUCGCCAUUAAAGAGCACGGUAUCCUGAUCUCUAUAGACGACCCGGAAAAUGCGAAUGAUCCCGUUGAAUUUUGGGUUAUUGGGCGCUUGUUUUCCACGCCACCGAAGGAGUUGUAUGUUUGUCAUCGAGCUGAUGUACCGCAAAACUUAGUUGAAUUGGCGUUCCGUUUGUCGCUCUAUUCAGCUGGCUGAUUCGGUAAUUGGACCUCUUGUAACGACAACGAUGUGGACCACACGUUAAUUAGUUGGAAAGGGAUCAGCAACAGAUCCAAGGGUUCUUUAGGCUUCGUAAUGCUUUUCUUUUCCUUUUCUUUUCCUUUUUCGGUUUUUCUUAGGCAGACGUGGAAAUUACGCGUGAGCUCGAGAAACAGGUUCUCGGGAAACUCUUUCGAGAAAAAAUUUUGUUUCCAGGAACGGGAAAUCAAUUUUUAGGACGCAAACUAAGACAAGAAGUCAAUUCUCCUUGUUGAAAAGGUCUUGCAAUUUUUGAUUAUCGCCCAAAACCACUUACAGUGGAAGUGUGACGCAAGUCCUGUUAUCC